UUCCCGCUGGCUUGUACCAGAUCAAUAUCGAAUGGCAAAAACCGGUAACGAGAUUAAAAGCAACGUAACAGGAGGCAACGCACACGUCACAGGCGUUUUACCUUGUGACUUUUAAUACGUCAUCGAAUCCAUUUGAAAGUUCCUGUAUAACUUGUGUGAUUGGAGAAUCAGUAAUCAGGGAUUUAAAAAUAUAGAUACAAUGGAAGAAGAAAAUGAUAAUGAUGUUUCUACUUCUAAACAAUCAAAAAUUGAUUCUUUUCCAUCUGCAUCUACUGAAUUAAAGAAAUCUGAAUUUUUUAAAGAAGAAAUGCCUGGACCUUCCAGGACUAAGGGUCCUUCAAAGUUUAAUACAGUUAUAGUCAAUUUCAAACAGAAAGGCAAUCCAUUGUUGAAAUAUAUAACAAAUGUUCCUUGGGAGUACUCAGAAAUUAUACCAGACUAUGUAAUGGGAAAAACCAGUUGUGCUCUCUUCUUAUCAAUACGGUACCAUCAACUUAAUCCAGACUAUAUCCAUGAACGUCUGAAAUCUUUGGGAAGCAUGUAUAAUCUGAGAGUGCUUUUAGUUCAGGUAGAUGUGGCAGAUCCUCAUCAUGCUUUGAAACAUUUAACAAGGGUUUGUAUUCUUGCUGAUUUGACAUUAAUGUUAGCAUGGAAUGCAGAAGAUGCUGGAAGAAUUAUUGAAACAUACAAGAUUUAUGAGAAUAAACCACCUGAUGCAAUUAUGGAGCGUAGUGAUUCAGCACCAUAUCAGAAGUUGGUUAAUGCUUUGACAACAAUAAGAUCAGUUAAUAAAACAGAUGCUACAACUUUGUUAUCAACUUUUGGUACUUUAAGUAAUUUGAUAAAAACACAACCAAAUACAUUGGCUCUUUGUCCAGGUAUUGGAAUACAGAAGGCAGAACGAAUUCAUAAGGUAUUACAUGAACAAUUUUUACGUUCUUCAAAAUAA